CUACUCAUCUCUCUGACGCCCUCUCAUUCCUUCGCCAUGCAAGCCCCCCUUCUCUCUCUGCAACCCGUUCGUUUACUCAACUGAUUAUUAAUUAAUUAAUUUUAAGAUUGAUUGAUUAAUUAAUUAAUCUUUCGAGAUUUUUAUUCGACUUGGCGGUGGGGUGACUCAGUGCAUGAGUUGAAGAUGACGCGGCGGUGCUCGCAUUGCAGCAACAACGGACACAACUCACGGACGUGUCCCACGCGCGGCGGGGGAGGAGGAUGCGGCGUCGCGUCGAUGAGCUGCGGCGGUGUGAAGUUGUUCGGUGUGAGGUUGACGGACGGGUCGAUCAUAAAGAAGAGCGCGAGUAUGGGGAACUUAUCGGCCUUGCAUUACCAUAGCUCGUCUUCCGCUGCCGCUUCACCGAAUCCGGACUCGCCGUUAUCGGAUCACGUGCGUGACCCGACGCAUAUAACCGACGGUUACUUGUCCGAUGACCCGACCCACGCGUCUUGUUCCACCAAUCGGCGUGGAGAGAGAAAGAAAGGUACUCCAUGGACGGAAGAGGAGCAUCGUUUGUUUUUAGUUGGCCUUCAGAAAUUAGGGAAGGGUGACUGGCGUGGUAUAUCACGAAAUUUUGUUGUGUCAAGGACUCCAACUCAGGUAGCAAGUCAUGCACAGAAGUAUUUCAUCCGGCAGACUAAUGCCACCCGAAGAAAGAGGCGUACCAGCCUUUUUGACAUGGUUGCUGAUGAUAUGGACACUGAUACCCCGCCGGUGCCAGAAGAACAAGUGUUACGUACUUCACCUCUGGCAAGGGAAACUGAUAAUAGCAGCUCACUGCCCUCUCUAAAUCUUUCCCUGAACACAGAAUUUGAACCCAUGGAAGCUAAAGACACAGUAAAAGAACCUGAAGAAACUCUGAUCGGAUCAAAUGGGUUUGGUCAAAUGGGUCCUGGUUUCUUGCCGGCGUAUAUACCAGUCCCUUACCCGUUCUGGCCGCCAAACACAGCCUGCCUGGAAGAAGAUAAGGAAGCAGAGGCAUCUCAUCCUCACCAGAUUUUAAAGCCGAUUCCAAUGCUUGCCAAGGAACCUGUCAACGUGGAUGAACUAGUUGGCAUGUCUCAGCUCUGUUUAGGAGAGACGGGGAGAGGCUUGAGAGAGCCUUCGCCGCUGUCCUUAAAACUGCUGGGAGAGCCAUCGAGGCAGUCAGCGUUCCACACGAAUGCCCCGGUGAGAAGUUAGGAAUUAAGCAAGGGAAAGACUAGCUCCAUACAAGCAGUUUGAAUUGGUGGGAAUGAUGGAAUUUUGUUACCCUUCUGGGUAAAUCUUCCCUUUUUGUACAAUUAUAUGUUCUCCAAGACACAUCUUGUGUUUUUUUUUUUCCUCUUUGAUAGUAUGAAGUUUUGCUGUUCCUUAA